ACAUACUCAGAAAAUGUGUGAUUGAGCUUGUGGUAGAAGUGAAAAAGACUAUUACAGAAGCAAACACAAAUCAGGCAAUUGCAGAACUUAUUGCUGCAAAUGUACUCUCUUCUAAGAGACCUGUGGCAAUCCUAACUGAUUUCAGUGUUUUUAGCUUCUUUUGGAUUAGUAAACAAACCUCCUCAGUUUCACCUACAAUUUUUAGUACUGGAUUUUCUGAUGUAUAUCAAGCUGCUACAUUUGCCCGACUUAUUUUAAACCCUGAACUAUUGACUCAAGAAGAAAAUGAGGAAAUCCAGCAGACAUUUCCUUUCUUUGAAAGAAGAGCCGAGUUAGAAUAUAGAGCAGUUGAAGAUGUUAAUGUUGAUAAUGAUGUAGGUAAUCUUGAUGAUUUUGUAGAAGAGAUGACUCCAUUAGAAUAUGAUGCACAUAAGAUGACAAAAAAGCUUGCCCGAUUUCGUCCUCAU